UAACUUUCUGCAAACUCCAAUAAGAAUUAUGCGGAGCCGAAACGCGUCGAAUUCUAGAGAGAGAAAGAAGAGAGAGAGAUAGGGGCUGCAGUGGUUAUCUCAUAUUCUUCCGAUCGGAUUCAUGGACGAGGUGGUCACAGCAGCCGACGGCAGGGCGACGUCGUCGCCGUCUCCGGCUUCCCUCCUCCCGGCGAACGUCCCUCUACUCUCUGCAUUCCUCGCCUUCUUUAUCGCUCAAUUCCUCAAGCUCUUCACAACCUGGUACAAGGAAAAGAGAUGGGAUUCUAAAAGGAUGAUUGAUUCUGGUGGAAUGCCAUCAUCACAUUCUGCAACUGUUACUGCUCUAGCAGUAGCUAUAGGACUACAUGAAGGGACAGGAGGACCAACUUUUGCCAUUGCAAUUGUCUUGGCAUGUAUUGUGAUGUAUGAUGCAUCUGGGGUUAGGCUUCAUGCUGGUCGGCAAGCUGAAUUGUUGAACCAAAUUGUGUGUGAAUUUCCUCCAGAACACCCCUUAUCCACCUCCAGACCUCUGCGUGAUUCGCUUGGCCAUACUCCACUCCAGGUGAUCAACUUAUUUUAUUGAUGUAUUGUUAUCUCAGUAACUCAAUUACUGUGAAUUCUGAGAAUUUAAUUUGGAAGUCAAAAGAUGGGCACAUGUUACUGUAAUAUCAUUAUGCAUUUAUGCCAUAUGCAUUCGGAUGUUUUAGCCUAGUAUCCAUGACAGUCUCAGUUAGGGGAAUCAAACACAGAGGGACUUUGACAUUGCAAUGGAAGAAUAAAAAUGGCCUUUAUUUUGAAUAGAAAGAUUCUUUUCUUUGUAGCUCUCUCCCCUGUAGAAAAUUUCUCAAAAGCAUGAAAGAAUGUUCUUAGAAGGUUAGGAGGACAGGGUUUUAGUUCUUCCUUUGCUUUGCUUUCAAUCUUCUUGUGCCCUCUCCUGGUUAAAUCUUUAGUUUCAAUUUAAAAGAAUUUUGAUCUUUGCCAAAAUCUGCUAUAAGUUCUGUUCUGUUUAUGUUAUUUUUU